UACACUUAAGUAAGAUGAAUCCAAAUAUGAUGCUAGUAAAAAAACUAAAAGACAGCGAUCUUUCCUAUAGUAAUGCUUUGUAUUUACCAAAAGAUUAUGUCGAGAACAUAGUAAGGAGUACGGGAGUGCCGAUACCUCGAAAUGGUAUUCAAGUGGAAAUUUUGGACAAUAACAAUUCUUAUUGGGUAAACCUUAGAGAAAACCAAAAGGGUCCUUAUAUUGGAAAUGGGUGGAAAAAUAUCAAAGAUGCUAGAAGUCUCAAAACAGGUGAUGUAAUCAAAUUAUAUUGGAAAGAUACCAAAUUUAUUUUUAGUAUGUAGGAAUAUUUAUUUCUUAAUCUAGUAAUGCUAUCUCGCAUUUGUUAUUCUUUUUAUUUAUAUAUCUAUUUAACUAAUGUAUUUAUUGAAUAAUGAUAUUUUGUAUGGGCUUUAUGUGUUUCAUAAAUAAAACCAAGGUAGCAUUUCAAUUUAAUAUAUAAACUAUGAUAAUUUAAUAUCUUUCUACA